UCAGGGAUUAAUAUGUGGGAGGCUGUGGACUAUUUGCUUCCAACAUAGGAACAGCACUGAGUUGGCAAUCUCCACUCCUGAGAGAAUGCUGGGAAUCUGCAGAGGGCGACGGAAAUUCCUGGCUGCCUCUCUGACUGUCCUUUUUGUUCCAGCCAUUACCUGGAUUUAUCUGUUUGCUGGGAGUUUCGAAGAUGGGAAGCCAGUGUCGCUAUCUCCGCUGGAAUCCCAGGCGCACAGUCCUCGGUACACGGCGUCGAGCCAGCGGGAGCGCGAGAGCUUGGAAGUGCGAAUGCGCGAGGUGGAGGAGGAGAACCGGGUGCUCCGCAAGCAGCUCAGCCUGGCCCAGAGCCGAAGCCCCUCGCACCAGCACGGCAACCACUCCAAAACCUACUCCAUGGAAGAGGGGACGGGGGACAGCGAGAGCCUGCGGGCCGGCAUCGUGGCCGGGAACAGCUCCGAGUGUGGGCAGCAACCAGCAGUGGAAAAAUGUGAGACCAUCCACGUUGCCAUUGUCUGUGCAGGGUACAAUGCCAGUCGGGAUGUUGUCACGCUUGUCAAGUCCGUCUUAUUUCACAGGCGAAACCCACUCCACUUCCACCUCAUUGCAGAUGCAAUUGCCAAACAGAUCCUGGCGACCCUGUUCCAGACAUGGAUGGUCCCUGCUGUGCGCAUAGACUUCUACGAUGCAGAUGAACUCAAGUCGGAAGUGUCUUGGAUCCCCAACAAACACUACUCUGGUAUUUACGGGCUGAUGAAGUUGGUUCUGACUAAGACGCUGCCUUCCAAUCUUGAGCGCGUCAUUGUCCUCGACACAGACAUAACAUUUGCCACUGACAUUGCUGAGCUAUGGGCCGUCUUUCACAAGUUCAAAGGGCAGCAGGUUCUUGGCUUGGUGGAGAACCAGAGUGACUGGUAUCUGGGCAACCUUUGGAAGAAUCAUCGUCCCUGGCCAGCGCUUGGGAGGGGUUACAAUACAGGGGUUAUCCUGCUGCUUCUGGAUAAGUUACGGAAGAUGAAAUGGGAGCAGAUGUGGAGACUUACAGCAGAGAGGGAAUUAAUGAGCAUGCUCUCCACUUCACUGGCUGACCAGGAUAUCUUCAAUGCAGUCAUCAAACAAAAUCCCUUCCUUGUCUAUCAGCUUCCAUGUUUCUGGAAUGUGCAGCUAUCCGAUCACACCCGUUCUGAGCAGUGCUACAGAGAUGUGUCUGAUCUAAAGGUGAUUCACUGGAACUCGCCAAAGAAGCUGAGAGUGAAAAACAAGCAUGUGGAGUUCUUCCGCAACCUCUACCUGACAUUUCUAGAAUAUGAUGGGAACUUACUGAGACGGGAGCUCUUUGGCUGCCCCAGCGAGACAGACGUUAACAGUGAAAAUCUCCAGAAACAACUGUCUGAGCUGGAUGAGGAUGAUUUAUGCUACGAAUUUCGACGAGAACGUUUCACCGUCCAUCGUACUCAUCUGUAUUUUCUACAUUACGAAUAUGAGCCUGCUUCAGACAACACUGACGUAACGCUGGUGGCUCAGCUUUCCAUGGACAGGCUCCAGAUGCUUGAAGCCAUCUGCAAACACUGGGAAGGUCCAAUCAGCCUGGCACUCUAUCUCUCGGAUGCAGAAGCUCAGCAAUUCCUGCGCUAUGCCCAGGGCUCAGAAGUCCUGAUGAGCCGUCACAAUGUUGGAUACCACAUCGUGUACAAGGAGGGCCAGUUCUACCCUGUGAAUCUCCUGCGCAAUGUGGCCAUGAAGCAUAUCAGCACACCAUACAUGUUUCUUUCUGACAUUGACUUCUUGCCCAUGUAUGGACUCUAUGAGUACCUCAGGAAGUCCGUCACUCAGUUGGACUUGGCCAACACCAAGAAAGCUCUGAUCGUACCUGCUUUUGAGACCCUGCGCUAUCGCCUCUCCUUCCCCAAGUCAAAAGCAGAGCUGCUCUCUAUGUUGGACAUGGGAACCCUCUUCACAUUCAGGUAUCACGUCUGGACAAAAGGGCACGCGCCAACGAACUUUGCCAAGUGGCGGACGGCCACGACGCCGUACCGCGUGGAGUGGGAAGCAGACUUCGAGCCGUACGUGGUUGUGAGGAAGGACUGCCCCGAGUACGACAGGCGGUUUGUUGGAUUUGGCUGGAACAAAGUAGCUCACAUCAUGGAACUGGAUGCGCAGGAGUACGAGUUCACAGUGCUGCCCAACGCCUACAUGAUCCACAUGCCGCAUGCCCCCAGCUUUGACAUCACCAAGUUUCGCUCCAACAAGCAAUACCGCAUCUGUCUCAAGACCCUGAAGGAGGAAUUCCAGCAGGAUAUGUCACGCCACUACGGCUUUGCAGCUCUCAAAUAUCUCACGGCAGAGAACAACAGCUAGCACAACGGAGCCCGUUUACGGGAAUCAAAGACACCGAAGGGAGGAGCCACUUCAUGUUUGGAGACCCGUCUUCAAACUUUGAACUGAGAAAUACUUUCUGUUUUUAUAUCAUACCUGGCAAUUCUAACAGUAGAGAAGUGACAUGUCGUCAGACUAUGCUCAUUAGCCCCUUCCCUGAUUUCCCUGGGCCUUUCAGCUUUAGCAUUCGUGAGAUGUGAAUGAGAGGGGCCAGCCACAAUCCUGCUAUGCCACAGGAGGUGGGGAAUGGGGACAGGCUGGAAAUGCUGUUCUUAACUGCAGAGCAAAGACAGAUCUUCAGAAUAUAGGAUUUCAUGUUGCUAUUUAAUAAUUUGACAUGCUUUUUAUCUGUAAAGGAAGAUCUUCGGGUCGCUGUCCUGUGAAUUUCACAUCUGCACUACUCCAAAAGGAACUUUCACCUGUGAACUUUUGCAGUGGCCCUGUUAACAUGGAUGACCUUGUUAAUGCAGGAUGAGCCAAAAGUCGGAAUUAGCCUUGAAAAUUAAGGGGACGCUUAUACAAUACUGCACUGUAGAGAAGGUGUGUUACUGGUUUAGGUGUGUACAUGAUAUCUGUUGGUCUUUUAUGCUCAAAUUAAUUCUGUUUUAUCAGGAAAAUCCUCUAUGCCCUACCCUGCCAUUUCCCCAUCCUAAAUGCCAUUUCUUUCCUUGUCAAGGAAAUGUCACCCUUGUGUUCCUUUUCCAUCUUCAGGUCUGGUAGUCCGGUAAAGGAGAACAAUAGUUAUGCCAGAAUGUGAAAAAACUUGUUAGUGUAAGGUCUGUUUUCACCUGAGCAACUUGUUCAUGUGUGUCUUGUAAAAUAAAGGGCCUGGUUGUAACUCUUUUAUCUUUUUUAGGCAAGAAUUGGAUUUUCCAUAGAAGGCAUUUUGUGCUGGGUAAAGUUGUCCUGUAGAUGCUUUCAGGGCAUGUCCAUCCAUGAAGGCCUUGGGCCUUGGGAUUUAAGUGGACUUCUUUGCUGAACAGGGAAUAUAAACAUGGCAACUGGGUGCUGUCCUGCUGCCUGCUACAAGGUCUCAGAACUACUUCGUUAAAGGAGUUUAUAAAUAAAAGGAGCAGAACUGCUGGGAAAAAACUCCCCAUUCAAGGGUGAGAAGUGAAUGUGCUGGGAAUCUGAGUGUGAAUGUUUGCUUGAAUGUGCGAUGGUCAAGUUCACAGCAUCGAUAGACGCAGGAAUGUUCUGGAGGGUGGGCAGGAAACCUAACAAGCAAAACACAAGACACCGGACUUUUUACCCUUUUCUUUAUUCUUCAGUAUUAAUGUUGCGUUUACAUUGGAUAAGGAGAUGAGGUUUAAUGCACUACCCCUUGCAGGGCUACUUGUAAUUUCUGUUGCAAUGUUAAUAGAGAAAGCAGAAAUGACUCAAUGAGAAACGUGUCUCUCCCUACCC